AAACUUGCAAUCAUUACAUUUCUUGAAAAGCAUCCUAAUAAUAGUGUUCAUGCAAUUGCUACACAUUUCAAUAUAGAACCAAAGCAAUUAAAUAACAGAAGACCACCAAAGUAUCCUGAAUUAGAAAAUGAAAUUUAUGGUUGGAUAAAAGAUUUGCGAAGUGCACUUAAAUCUAUGCAGCAUUAUUAUAAUAAUUGGCUAGAUAAUGGUAUUUUAACUUAUACUAAGACAGGUCAUAUUCAAUGCCCUGCAUAUAAUUUGGUCACUCAAUGGAUACUUCAGGCAUGGAAUAAUAUUAAUCCUAACCUUAUACGAAAAGCUUUCAAGUGUUGUGAUAUAUCUAACUCACAAAAUGGCACAGAAGAUAGCUUAAUUUUUGAUUAUGAUAGACUUGGUCAAUGUACAAACUCACAUAACCAUAUGUAUGUGCAAGAUGAAAGUGAAGAUGAUUAUUAUAAAGCAGAAGAAAUUAAUUAUAUUAAUAAUUGA